AGAGAAGAAUUGUUGCCGAAAAACAGUUCGUUCGCUCUUCCUUUCGCAGCCGUCGGAGCCAAAGGCCGUUCGUACACAGAAAAUGGUGGAGAAGAAGUGAAGGAUGAGAGAGGAUACUAAACAGAGGAAGGAUGCGAGCGAUAAGAAGCGAAAUGAGUUACAGGCCAAAUCUCUAACUGUAGAUAAGAAGAAGAGACCGAAGAAGCAUAGCAACUUCAACGAGAAGAAGGAUGAGCACAAAAAGACUGGUCCUCGUUUGCCCUCUGCGUUGAAACGUGAGCUCGAUAAUGAUGAAGAGGUUGAUUCAGAUGGAAUUGUCGAUAAUGAUGUGUAUGAGUACGAAGAGCGUAAGCCAGAAGAGGAGUCAAAGAAGAAUAGGCGAUUCGAUCCUGUUGAUAACCUCGAAUACGAGCUUCCAGACGAAUUUGAGGAUGAGAAUUUGCCAUCAGAAGAUGAUGAUGAGGAUUAUGAGGAUAAUGAUAAUGGUGAAAGGAGUAGAAGUAGAGAUAGUUCAGAUCGAUUGGAUGAUGAAGUUGAAGAAGAUGACGACAAAAGGCAUGCAAAGAUGCUGCAAGGAAUUACUGGACUCUCGAGUGAGGCCUUUGAAGGUAAAAAAAGGAAGAACAAUGUUGUAUCGGAGGCACACCCAGAAUCAGAGUACAAUCCGAGCAGAGGUGCUACUGAUGGUGAUGGAAACUUAAGUAUUGAGGAUCUAUUAGAAAGUAUCCAGGGGAUGCCUGGCUACAGCAAGAUCCGAAAGAGAGUGCAUCAAGUGGACAAAAAGUCUAUGACUGUUAAGGCUCCUCUUCCAAAAGUUGAUCGCGAGAGGGUGGAGAGGAAAGUUGUGUAUGAACAAUCAAAGAAGGAGAUCACUAAGUGGGAGCCGUUAGUCAAAAAGCAUCGGGAAGCGCCAACUCUGUAUUUUGAUGAAGAUAUAAAUGUAGGGUAUUCGACUGUGGGGGCAAUUGCAUCUGAAUUUGAACCUAAAACUGAUUUUGAGAAGAAGAUUGCUUCCCUAGUUCAGGAUGCCAAGGUUAUGGAAGCGCACAACAAGGAUGGUUCAAGGCUUCUUGAGCUCAACAAGAUAUCAGUCAAAGAUGUAAAAGAUCGUCAAAACCGUCUUGCUAAAAUGCGUAGCCUUCUUUUCCGUCAUGAAAUGAAGGCAAAACACAUCAAGAACAUUAAAUCCAAGGUGUACCAUCGGUUGUUGAAGAAGGAUAGACUGAAAUCAGCAUCUGCUAGAAUGGAAAUGGAUCCUGAAGCUGCCAAGGAACAAGCAAUUAAGCAAGAAUUUAAACGAGCUGAGGAACGUAUGACGCUGAAACACAAAAACAGUUCCAAGUGGGCAAAACGUAUUUUGGAACGUGGUCUAAACACCCAAGAUGAAGGAACUCGAGCCGCUAUUUCUGAACAACUCCAUCAACAUGCACUUUUGACCAGAAAGAUGAAUUCUGUGAAGGAUAGUAGUGACAGUGAAGGUAGUAGUGAUGAGGAUGAGGAGGAGGAUGAUGAUCUUUUGUUGAGCUCAGGUCAGGACAGGGCAUCCAAGCUUUUAACCAAGGUGAAAGAGAAGACACUUGAACUUGUGGAAGAUGCGGAGCAGCCUAAAUCAGGGGUGCUUUCGAUGCCAUUCAUGGUUAAUGCAGAUAAAAAGAGAAAGGCAGAAGCUUAUAGAGAGGCAGAACUCACUCUUCGAGAGUGUGAGUCCAUGGUAGAGCAGCUUGAUGAUACUAUUGGGUCAGAAAAUCCAAAAAUAGGAACCUCAAGUGGUAGACGGCUAUUUGGAACAGCUAGUAAAAAUACCCGAGAAAUAAGUAAUAAGAAACCAAAGACUAUAGGUGAUUACACUGACAGUGAAGACGAAUUAGAGGCCGACGAAAACAUUGAUGGGGGUCAGAACAAUGUUAGUCUUGUACAAAAGGAUGUUCAAAUUGAUCCAAAUUCACUUCAUGAAGAGUCUGGUGUUGGUCUGCAGCCUGUGUUUAAGAGUUUUGAUGAUAUUGUUAAAGACCCUGGGCCCAAAACUACAUUUGAAGUGGCUAUUUUUGCAUCAGGCUCCUGGAGAAAGAUGAAAAAUGGAGAAGAGGUAGAUGGCAAUAAUCGCAAGUCUUCGGUUGUGGUAGAACCUGGUUUGCCUCGUCAGGAGCUGAAGGAGGUAGAUGAGGACACCAAUUCAGAGAGUGAAGAAGAGAUGGUGGAUGGGAUUCUAUCUUCUGGUGCAAAACCUAGCUAUGAACUUCCAUCUCAAGCAGAUCUUAUACACCGUGCUUUUGCUGGUGACAAUGUUGAGGAAGAGUUUGAGAACGAUAAGCUGGAAAUUCUGAAAGAGGAGAAUCCAGAACCUGAAAAGCCAGUAUUACUUCCAGGCUGGGGCCAAUGGACUCAUAUUCAGCAGAAGAAAGGCUUGCCUCCUUGGAUGCUUGAAGAGCAUGCAAAUGCCAAAAACAAGAGAGAAGAAGCCCUUAAGAAGAGGAAGGAUGCACAUCUUAAACAUGUUAUUAUCUCUGAAAAGAUUGACAAGAAGGCUGAGAAGUUGCUUACAAAGACAUUGCCCUAUCCAUACACAUCGAAGGAAGUUUUCGAACAGAGUAUUAGAAUGCCUAUUGGACCUGAGUUCAACCCAGCAACAUCAGUUGGUGCACUUAAUCGGCCAGAAGUGGUGAAGAGACCUGGUGUCAUAAUCAAACCAAUUAAGUUUGAGGAGGUGAAUCCUUAUGAGAAAGGUGAGGAACAGAAGAAAAGUGGACGGGCACCCAAGGCGAAGAGAAGUAAAAGUCGGGGUGAGAAAGCCACCAAGAUGCAAGUGAAAAAGAAAAGUUGACUGCUUCUAAUCUUGUUUGUCUUGAAGUCAUCAUCAUGUGGUCUAUUCGUUCUCAAAUUGAGCUCACUGUAGGUGUAAGGAGGAUGCUCUGCUGAUGGUGCCCGUAUCCAGUAUGUCCUUCCCCUUCACUUUUGCUCCAAAUCAAUCCUUCUGAUGGUUUGUCUGCUAUACUUGGUGGUUGAUGCUUAUCACAAUUUGAUCAAGGUAAUGACUAACCAUCUCAAUUCACUCAGGUAAUCAUUACAGCCGUAUGUGAUAAGAGCUAUCUGAGUUCAAAUAUGUUCAGCUUUAUUCUUAUCCUUUAAAUCCAAAAAUGAUAUGGAUAACAAGUCUAGAAGUAUGAAAAAGAAAAGAAGGUUGUAUUCUUGUAGCUCAAUAAUUUAACCAUGGAGCCACUCUAUGUAUUUCAAGAAAUUGAAAAAGUUUUUGCAAAUCUUCUCUUCUAAAAUUGUUGAAACAACACACGCCAAUUUUUUAAAUUUGUAGUCCUACUAUUGAGUAC